AUGACUCACUGGCACCAAGCAUACGACUUCUGCUAUCUACAAUUCUACUACUACUGUCGCUGCACCCAAAUUUCCACGUGGCUGCCCCCUGCAGAGGGUUUCGCGCCUCUCACUUACUCUGAUAUGUGUUUGCGCUUCUCGACGACAUGUGCGGCCAUGGAUUCAUGCCAUAUGCAUAAUAGAGUUCGGUUCUCUUCGUCGUGCGGAAAGUACUGGGUACAGCGGCGUAGGAUACUUUCUCUGUAUGACUUUGGCGUUAACCUGGAUCCUGAGGCACCAGAAAUUAUUGCGAAUCAUCAGGCAAGUCGCUGCUUGCACAGCCUACACCGCCAAUCAUCGCAUCGGUUGUCACCUGCUUCUGACGGUUCGGGCAUGGCAGAUAGUCAGUCUCGGUCGAAGAGCUCGACUGAAUUUGUUGUCCUAGACUUGUUUUGUGGUGCUGGCGGGAAUACAAUCGCCUUUGCUCGGUGUGCAGGUGCACGUGUAUUAGCUUGUGACAUCAACGAAACGCGCCUCGAUAUGGCUGACAAAGUUUCGUUAAUUUAUGGGGUUCAACACUCCAUAAACUUUGUGUGCAACGAUGCGAACGCUUUUCUGAAUUGCCUACGACUGUUUUCGCGCGAAGGUGCAGGGUGUUAUGACGAUGUAGAAAACGUAGAAAAAGUUGACAUGAUUUUUCUUUCUCCUCCUUGGGGAGGUCCUGGAUACAGUAUCGUAGACAGUUUCGACAUUCGGAAUAUCCAUGCCUCUGGCAUCGACGUGAUCGCGCUCAUAAAGUUGUCGUUUUGUCUGACAACCAACAUUGCGUUAUAUCUUCCAAAGAAUACAGAUCUUCUUCCUUUUUAUUGUUCUCGUGCACUUUUUGUAAAUCAGGCCCCUUGUUCGUUUGAAGUUGAGAAAAAUUAUUUGAAUGGCAAGCUUAAAGCCAUUACACUGUACUUCGGUGAACUAAAUAUGUUAACUUCUUAGUGCGUAUCGCCUGCGCAACAAGUUUCACAAACUUUCUUGUUUAAACUUACGUCAACCCAACCAAGAAGUUCGUGUAGAAGGGAUGCGAACGACAAUGGCUUUUAAGGGUACAGUGUCGUGACUUCUGUGAUGAAAUGUUUAUUUGUUUUCCAUCCUACGUAUAGUAUCAAAGGAACGAGGAAAUGCGUAUCCGUUCUAGUCGCUUGUACACCAACAGAGGGCUCUUGAUUUUUUGGUGAAAAAAUAGUUCUUCAUUCCACAAAAGAUGUAUGUCAUUUAAGUCUACAACAGAGUUUAGUCAUAUAAAUCCUCGUCAUCGUUCGUAUUCACACCGUGAGCAAAAUCAGUUGGGUUACCAGGCAGAAUGUGGUUGGUUCCGUCAUCGACACUACCGCCUGUAACGUUUGUGCGGGGCCCGCUUUCGGGAAAACGGAAAUCAUUACCAAAUCCACGAGACUGCUGCAGUGUCUGUGAAAAAGCCUGGUAC